GAAAAAAGAUUAUAGCUUAAGGACAGAAUUUUCUUUUUUUCCUGUAAGUGCCUGAUGGUAAUUGUACAGCCUGGAAGAAGGAACAUACUUUCGUAUUCAGCAUUGGAAGGGCUGCUGCUGCUGCUGCUGUUGCUGCUGUAACUAGGGCUGGAGCUGCAGUGUGUGUCUGUGCAGCACUGCAGAAUCCACACCUAAAGAAGGAAAGACACAUACACUCAUUUGGACAUAUAGGAAGCCUUGGACCGUCACUUGGUAGCGGUUACUGAAUCUAAAUGAAAGAGGAUUGAUUGGAGCCAAGCUUUCCUCCAGGAGCCUAAAGGAAGGCAGUUCGGGAGACAUUUUUGGGACAAGUUACAGAACAAUCUGCAGCUUUGAAGCAUGAGUUCAGAUGCCAACCACGGUGUGAUAACUAGUCCUCCCCCUCCCAGCAUGCCUCACAAGGAGAGAUAUUUUGACCGCAUCAAUGAAAAUGACCCUGAGUACGUAAGGGAGCGGAAUAUGUCUCCUGAUCUGAGACAAGACUUCAAUAUGAUGGAGCAAAGGAAGAGAGUCACUCAGAUUCUACAAAGUCCUGCCUUUCGAGAAGACCUGGAAUGCCUUAUUCAAGAACAGAUGAAGAAAGGCUACAACCCAACUGGAUUGUUAGCAUUACAACAGAUUGCUGAUUACAUCAUGGCGAGCUCUUUUGCGGGUUUUUCUUCAUCUCCACUCAGCCUUGGAAUGGUUACACCUAUCAAUGACCUUCCUGGAGCAGACACCACCUCCUAUAUAAAGGGAGAAAAACUUACUCGUUGUAAGCUUGCAAGCUUGUAUAGGCUUGCUGACUUGUUUGGAUGGGCACACUUGGCAAAUUCAUAUAUCACAGUAAGAAUAAGUAAGGAACAUGACCACAUCAUUAUUAUUCCCAGGGGCCUGUCUUUUUCUGAAGCUACAGCCUCCAACUUGGUGAAGGUAAAUAUAAUAGGAGAAGUAGUUGACCAAGGAAGUACGAAUCUGAGAAUCGACCAUGCGGGAUUCAGUCCCCAUGCUGCUAUCUAUUCUACCCGACCUGAUGUUAAAUGUGUAAUCCAUAUACAUACUCCUGCAACGGCAGCUGUGUCCUCCAUGAAAUGUGGUAUCCUUCCAAUCUCUCAAGAGGCACUGAUCCUAGGUGAUGUUGCUUAUUAUGACUAUCAAGGAUCCCUCGAUGAGCAAGAAGAGAGAAUUCAACUGCAGAAAGUCCUUGGGCCUAGUUGUAAGGUGCUUGUGCUGCGGAACCAUGGUGUAAUAGCACUUGGCGAAACAGUAGAGGAGGCGUUCCAUUAUAUUUUCAAUGUGCAGAUAGCUUGUGAGGUACAGGUCCAUGCAUUAGCAGGUGCAGGUGGAGUGGACAAUCUGGUUCUAUUAGAUCUGCAGAAGUACAAGCCUUUCACUCACUCUCUGGCAGCAGCUGGAGGAGGGGGUGUAAAUAUGAACACCCACCAGAAGUGGAAAGUUGGAGAACUUGAGUUUGAAGGCCUUAUGAGAACACUGGACAACCUGGGUUACAGAACAGGUUAUGCCUAUAGGCAACCUUUGGUCAGAGAAAAACCCAGGCACAAGAGUGAUGUGGAGAUCCCAGCAACUGUGACUGCCUUUUCCUUUGAAGAUGAUUCAGUACCACUCUCACCACUCAAAUUUCUAGCACAAAGACAGCAACGAGAAAAGACAAGAUGGCUGAACUCACCAAAUACAUACAUGAAAGUAAAUGUUCCUGAGGAAUCUUGGAAUGGAGAAACCAGUCCCAGGACUAAAAUCACAUGGAUGAAAGCAGAGGAUUCCUCUAAAGUUAGUGGGGGAACCCCAAUCAAAAUUGAAGAUCCAAACCAGUUUGUUCCUCUGAAUACAAAUCCAAGUGAAGUAUUGGAGAAAAGAAAUAAGAUUCGGGAACAAAACAGGUAUGACUUGAAGACAGCUGGACCACAGUCUCAGUUGCUUGCUGGAAUUGUAAUCGAUAAAAAGCCUAGUUCAACCAUGCCAUUUGAGGAUGAUGAGCAUGCCCCACCAGCCCCACCUAACCCCUUCAGUCAUCUUACGGAAAAAGAGCUGGAAGAAUAUAAAAAGACAAUCGAACGCAAGCAGCAAGGGCUAGAAGAUGCUGAGCAGGAAGUAUUCUCAGAUGACGGUUCAUCCGUUUCCCAAGUUCAGUCUCAAACUCAGUCGCCGCAAAAUGUCCCCGAAACAGUAGAAGAAAAUCAUGAUCUAUUUCCCAAGAACUUCAUCUCCAUGGAGGUACCGGUCGUCGUGGUGAAUGGCAAAGAUGAUAUGCAUGAUGUGGAAGAUGAUCUCUCCAAGCGAGUGAGUCGGUUAACAACAACAUCCACAAUGGAGAGUGUCGAGAUUACCAUUAAGUCUUCCGAGAAAAUUGAAGAAGUUCUGUCCCCUGAAGGCUCUCCUUCUAAAUCACCAUCCAAGAAAAAGAAGAAAUUCCGCACUCCAUCUUUCCUGAAAAAGAACAAAAAAAAGGAGAAAGUUGAAGCAUAAGUACACCCCUUUUAUUUUAAUGUGACACUGCACAUUUAAAGGGCACAUGUACGUUGACCUUUAAUAUACAGUAGUAGAUCAGCAUUAGGGGUGUGCAGCAGAACUGGACUUCAAACUAAGAACAAAACUGGAAACGUGUUAAAAAAAAAUCACUUAAGAACAAAAAAAGCUAAUUCAUCUCUCAUUUUUAUGCACCUAAAAAUCACUUUGAAAUUUCGAAACAUUCACUAGUUUUGCUGAGAUCUGCUCUGGCAGGUGUCUGUCCGUUCAAUAUAUCUUAGCCACGUCUUUACCUGAAAUAUGCAGUCCUGCUUAGUGUUGGUCUGAAAAAGUCUGUCAAAUGAUCUAAUGAAUUUUUUUAAAACUGCUGCCUCCCUUGGUAAAUCAGAUUAUACUUUUUUUAAUUGAACUUUCUGACCACAGCCUUUGCUUCUACACCCUGUUAUUUCAGUGGGUGGAUAUUAACAGCACACUUUUAAAUCUUCUAAAAUAAGAUCAUGCAAGAUGAGUAUACACUGGCACAUAAUAGAUAAAAAAAAAGUUUAUUUGGAGUUUUACACAUUUUUGUAAAAUUUCCUCAUCUGAAGUAACUUUUUUUGCCAAAUGUUUCAUUUUAGUAAAGUAUAAUUUUUGAAAACUUCCUUUUUUAUUAGUUAGAAAACCCCUUAUUUUUUGAUCAAGGGGGAUUUUGUAUACACAUAACAUGGAUAGCUUAGUUUAACUCUGGCAAAACCAAUUUUGUAUGUUGAAGUAUUUGUAUACCAUUCAGUGUAAAGUGCUAUAGGCAUUUAAACUGAUCAUUAACCAUAGAGCAGAUUUGAUGGUGAGUGAGACUGAGUAUACUCUGAUGUGAUUCAAGAAUCAAAGCUCAGUACUAAAGGAUGUCAUGUACAAUGAAACUGGAUGUGUGCUUAAAUAUCAAUAAGUAUUGUCUUUGGUUUUGCUGAUAAGAAAAGGAAUAAAUCUCAAAAGAUGACUUAAAGGUAGGAAAAAAAUUGCUUAAGGGAAAAAUGAAAUGGCAAGGAAAAUCAAGCAGACCAAAAAAAUACUGGUUUGGGAAAGAUUUUUAUUCACUGUGCAUUGUGAUAUCUUCAAUCAGUUUAAAAAUCCAUGAAUCCUUGUAUUUUUAAAUUUCUCGGUGCAGGGCAACUUUCUUCUAGUUUGCAUUUGAAAUUUUAACAGGUCAGAUAGGUUUGGGUAGCUGUUGAAGCGAAACCAGAAUAAAUCAGGGUGUUAAGUGCCGCAAGGGUUAAGGCUUCCAUUUCUUCAUUUUACUACAUCUUUUUAGUUUGGUUUUUUUUUCUGUCAUUAAGUACAAAUUUAAACCCAACAUUGACGUAGUAUUUUUUUUCCCCUCUCUCAAAAUUGGACCUCAUCAUUGUCCACAAUAGCCAAUCGGUGAAAGAUCAGCGUGACCCCUAAAUCACCAGUGAGAAGAACAAUACAAAGUAUUUCUGGAGGGUGGGUUGGCAUGUAAAUGAUAUUGAUUAUGACAUGUUAUGGGGCUGGUUCAGUUUGACUGUGAACGUGUAAAAAUGCGAAGUUGACAUGGAUUCUGGAGAAGACAUUUUAGAGCUCACUACUGGAAUCUUGUGUUCUAAAUCGUAGUGGAAACUUUCAGUUGCUUAACUUAGUCUUUUUUAAGUUCUACAUCAUUUGUAUUGUAUUACAACAUAUGUAGAAACAGUAACCUGUGAACUAUGCUUUUCAUAACUUUUUUUAAAAAAAUAUAUCUAAAUGAAUGCAAUGUGCAUAAAUAUUUUUUAAAUGCAACCGUGAACUAUUUGCACCUUUUGCUAAUGCCUCUAUUUACUUGCUUUGGCAUAAAGAAUGAGCCAACCAACUCUGUGUCCUGUGGAAAAAUAUAUAAAUGUUUUCUGAAGUUGCUCAUAGAUGUAAUGCUAAUUAAUGUUAAAUCACAAAUAAACAGUAUUUUAAGUAGA